AUCAUAGCCAAUGCCCUGCUUCGUUUCAGGAGAAAUAAGCAAACGAUAUUCUUCUCCACACGAAACGGCUUAAGCUUCUGCCUUUGUUCCUUAAUUUCUUAGCACUUCCACCAACCGUUAAGCUUGCGUAAGCCUACGCUCUGAAAUGCCGAGCAGCCAGUCAGCCCACUGGCUGCUUAGCCUUUCACUGGGCUACGUCAAAGGGUCCGCGCAAUAUUAUGGUCUUCGCAGCGCGGGAUGGUCGGUUGCUGGGGCACGAUGUUGCCUCGCGGCAGUCCUAACGCAAGCCCCGCACGCAACAAUGUCUACCACAGCCUCAGAGCCUCGGAAGCUGAAGAAGCUGCUGGUUGCGAACCGUGGGGAGAUAGCUUGUCGCGUGCUGACCACGGCGCGAAAAAUGGGCAUUGCAAGCGUCGCCGUAUAUAGCGAGGCUGACCGGCUAGCAAAGCACGUGGAGUUGGCGGAUGAAAGCUAUUGUAUCGGAGGUGCAGCUGCGAGAGACAGCUACUUAAGGACCGACGUCAUCCUGGACAUCGCCCGCCGUACGGGUGCGGAUGCCGUACACCCCGGCUACGGCUUCCUCUCCGAGAACGCCGCCUUCGCGGAGGCGUGUGCGGCCGCGGGGGCGGUGUUCGUGGGCCCGCCCGCCUCCGCCAUCCGCUCCAUGGGCGACAAGAGCGCCGCCAAGGCCAUCAUGCAGGCUGCGGGUGUGCCGGUGGUGCCGGGGUACCACGGGGAGGACCAGAGCGAGGAGAGGCUGGUCUCCGAGGCGCAUGCAGUGGGUUUUCCGCUGCUGGUGAAGGCGGUCAGCGGCGGGGGCGGCAAGGGCAUGAAGCUGGCGGAGGGGCCGGGGGAGCUGCUGGGGGCCAUACGCUCCGCCCGGCGCGAGGCGCUGUCCUCCUUCAGCGACGACCGGCUGCUACUGGAGCGCUACAUCAGCAGGCCGCGGCAUGUGGAGGUGCAGGUGUUUGCCGACACGCACGGUAACGCGGUGUACCUGUACGACAGGGACUGCUCCAUGCAGCGCCGCCACCAGAAGGUGAUCGAGGAGGCGCCGGCACCGGGGCUCAGCGAGCAGUUCCACAGGCACCUGGGCGAGGCUGCCGUACGUGCCGCCCGGGCAGUGGGCUACGUGAACGCGGGUACCGUGGAGUUCAUUGUGGACACGGACCGCCUGGGGCAGCCGCAGGGGGGGCGGGCAGGGGGGCAGGAGGGAGGAGGAGGGGAGGAGCAGGAGCAGGCGUUCUACUUCAUGGAGAUGAACACGCGGCUGCAGGUUGAGCACCCCGUCACGGAGGCCAUCACAGGGCAGGACCUGGUGUCCUGGCAGCUGGCGGUGGCGGGCGGGGCGCCGCUGCCCGCCAGCCAGCAGGAGGUGGCGGCGGCGGUGGCGCGGGGGGGACACGCGGUGGAGGCGAGGAUAUACGCGGAGGACCCGCGGAACGGGUUCCUGCCGGGUGCGGGCCGGGUACGGCGGUGGCGCACCCCCCGGGGCUCCACAUCCUUCCAACUGGGGGGGGUGCGGGUGGACAGCGGAGUGAGGGAGGGUGACCGAGUGGGCACCUACUACGACCCCCUCAUAGCCAAACUGGUGGUGCACUGCCCCCCGCCUGCUAGCGGCAGCAGCAGCGAGGGGGGCAGCGAGGCAGGCGGCAGGGAGGGGGCAGGCAGCAGCAGCAGGGAGGCGGCGCUGCGGGGGCUGGAGCGGGCGCUGGGGGAGAUACAGGUGUCCGGCCUGCCCACCAACAUCCCCUUCCUGCGCCGCCUGGCCGCCCACCCCGGCCUGCUCUCCGCCGCCCCCGCCGAGCUGAACACCGCCUUCAUUGCACGACACCGGGAGGAGCUGCUGAGGCCGCAGGAGGUGCCGGGGGAGGUCGCCGCCCUCGCCGCUGUGGCCCGGCACUUGCUGACUGUACGGAAGCAGGCGGCGGCGGAGGCGGCGGAGGGCCUUACGUCUCGUCUGGGACCCUGGGGGGCGGCGGCGGCGGUGCCGCUUGCAGACGGGGGUCCAGCGGGCGGAGGAGGAGCAGCUGGGGUGUCAGGGUUUGACAGCGUGCGGCUGUGGCACAAACACCGCCGUACAUUUGCCGUACGGCACCCCGAGGGGGGCGAGGGGGCUGAGAUGGUGGCGAGCCUUACGGUGCUGGGAGGGGGGGACUUUGAGGUCCAAAGCAAGAUGCAAAACACAGCAGCAGGACCACCACCACCACCACCCGCCGGCGCCGCCGCCGCAAUGACCAUGACAGUGCGCUGCGCGCGAUUGACGACCGACGACUCGGGUGAUGAUGACGUCAGCAGCGGCGACGGACGACGCGGCAUGAGCAGCAGCACCAACGGUCAUGUGCUAACGGCUGAGGUCAACGGCCGCAGGUGUACGGCGCAUGUGAUGCUGUACGGCAGUACGGAUGACGAGGCUGAGGGCGGCUGGGGUGCCCCGGUGACGUCAUCGCUGGACCUUUGGAUGGCUGGGGAGCACUACCACUUCACCUGGACCGAGCCCACCUGGAGUCGCAAGGCGGGGGCAGCUGCUGCUGCUGCUGCUGCUGCUGGCGGCGGUGGCAGCGCUGCUGCUGGUGCUGCGGGGGGGGUGCGGGGUGCGGUGGUGUCCCCCAUGCCGGGCCGGGUGGUGGCGGUGAUGGUGGCGGAGGGGGACAGGGUCAAGGCGGGCGACCCUCUGGUGGCCCUGGAGGCCAUGAAGAUGGAGCAUGCGGUGGCGGCGCGGCGGGGCGGGGUGGUGCGGCAGGUGGCGGUGGCGGCGGGGGGGCAGGUGGGGCAGGGGCAGCUGCUGGUGCUGCUGGGGGAGGAAGAGGGAGAAAAAAUUAUAUAAGUGAAACAACGAAUCCCAAUCCCAUAUCCCGACUCAUGCAGUGAGCGCAUUCAAGAGGGGGUAAAAAAGGGAGGGGAAGAAGAAGUGAGGGGGAGGGAGAAGAGGAAGAUGGAGGGGGUGAUGGAGGAGGUGGGUAAGGGUGGGUAAGGUGGUUGGUGUAUGGGAGGAUGGAGGGGGUGACUGGUGAAGAAGGCGGAUGAGGCCGCGUCGCGCGGCGUGUAAUGAUAAGGUGUGAGCGGUUCAUGUACCGGUAUUGUGGUUGGGAUGUAGGAGUAUAUUGCAGCUUUGGUUGUAUUUUAUGUAAAAGGUUUCGCCACACUAUGUAUAUAGCUGCUUGUUGUGUCGGGUGUUUUUCGUAGGACUCGUGUUCGACGUUCGGUGUUGGCAUCUAUCGUCAGUUGAAGUUGUACAGUCAUUAGGCCAUAUCGACUAGACACUUCGUUAGCCUACAAGCAAUACCGGCAUGGUUUUCGAAUGUAUUGUGUAUAAUACGUCUCACCAACAGGACAUCUCCACGUAGGCGUCUACUGUAAUAUACUUGCCUCUG